GAGCUCCGGUCUUUCUCUCGCUGUGCCCGAGCGGCGGCUGCCGGAGACCGAGCGGCUGCCCUUCUCGCCGCCGCCGCUGGGGGACUGGCACCUCUGGGUCCUAGAGGGAUCGGAUUUCCGGGGCCAGAGUCUGUGAGCCCACCCCUUCCCCUACUCCCAAAUAAAUCCCCUCCCCUGCCGGUCCCUCGCCGAAAGCCUUCCGCUGCCCCCAGGCCCUGCUCAAUCCUCUGCGAUUCUUCCAUCCCAGCCUCUGGCUGCGGUUUAUCACAACCCACAUAACCGCACCCCCAUUAAAUAUUGGGGGUAGGGCAGACCAACCACAGUGGUUUUAGUGGGGCCCCUCUCCACCCCAACGUGAAGGGGGAUAGGUAGGAAGGGGCAAAGGAUCAUUUUCUUCCAGGUCCUUAAGGCUCGCUAGUGUUGUUCAAAGCUGUCAUUAUCAGAAUCACUGGGGCUUGGUAAAAACACAGAUUCUGGGCCCUCCCUCAAACUUUGUGAAUCAGAAGCUCAGAGAGCGGCCCGGGAUUCUGCAUUUUGCCACUUUUCCUCCUGGGGAAUCUUAUGCACUCCGUAAUGUCUGAAACCUUGGUACAGUGUUGCUGGCCUUAGGAGGGAGAAGGAGAAGGAAUGGAGAAAGAAGGUGGUCCCCAUCACCCGAAGGGCAGGAAAUCCCGAAAGCUACCCUUUGCCAUUCGGAAGUUUGUAGAGGGUGUCCCGGUAGCCUGUCUGCACCCCAGGCUGGAACGGAGGGGUCGCAAACCCCUUCCUCCUACCCCUACAGGAGCACUCUCGCCUCUCAAGCAGGAAGGGGGAGAUGAGGAGGAGGAAUUCUAGAGGCCUGUGGCCAAGGUUUACCCAGCGAGAAUUCUAACUUGGGUCUCUUAUCUAGAGGGUCCUGGCCACUAUGUGCAUGUGGGGGUGGGGGGGGGAGGGGCAACGAGGUCACAGUGACCUACACAUGCCCUGUCCUGGCAACCCAGAAAACUAUUUUGAUGUUCCCUCGCAGCCCACACCCCUCUCCCGCCCUAACACUCACACAACAGGGGGCCAGGGCUGCCCUCCACCCCUCCCCAGCUGCCCGGGCGGGGGACGGAGGUGUGCGAAGAGGUACACUCCAAACCAAGACCCCAGAGCCUCGGCUUUGCUCCAGAUCCCAGAGACGACUGAACGGAGUGGACCCUAGGACCCAGAGAACAACUCAGGCACAAAGCCUCCCGCCCCCCCAGCUGCUUCCUGCAUCUCAGGCUUUCCUGCGGCCUUUGCCUUCUCCCCCGCCCUCUUCCUCUUCGUCCUCUUCCUCCCCGUCCCAAUCUUCCACUCUCUGUCCCCUGGUCUGGAAGGGUUGGCGAAGGGACUCUUAGCACCCCACCACUGAAGGGGCGUGUGUGGGUUUUGUGGGAUAUUAACCCGUUAGCACGUGCAAAGGAGCUCAGUACAGGAUUGGGGGUGGGGUGCGGGAAGCCGCCUGGGAACUCUGGAUAUUGGGAUGGGGAGGGGCCAGGAACCACAGGGCUGGAUCCUGAGGCUGGUGCUAAGGGGAGGGAAGACUUGGGUUCUGAGCUGGAGAGCCGGAAAUGAACCCGGGCUUACCAUUGUCAUCUGCCUCUUCUUUGCUCGGCUGCCCAGGAAACUGCCCCCUCCCCAAUUUUGCACUUCGGGAUAGGCAGGGUGAAGAAGCUCUCAGGCUCCCUUCCUUUUUAACCCUUUUUAGAAGACCUCUUAUAGGAACAAGCUUUGGGAUUUAGGUUUCCAACCUCAAGGUUGGGGCUGGAAACCCCCUCCCAUGGCCCUUCAAACCCGCUCUGGAAGUUGGGGGAGGAGAGAGAUCUCAACCAGUUGGGAUUUGGGGGGUUGGGCAGAGUGUCCUCAGAAGCUCUCGAGUGAGUUGGAGGAGGGCACAGGCCCCUGGGUGUUCUGCCCAGAAUCUACCACACCCUUUGUGACAGAUGGCAGAGUGAGACCCAAGACUGACCCAGGAGCCAGACUGCCAGGGUUGAAAUCCUGACUCCAGCACUUGUUGUGUGACGUGGACAGAGAGGGAGUGUCUAUGUGGAAAGGGCUGUGCAGAACACUAGCCUGUGGAACCUCUGAAUGGUCCCCUCCCCUCGGUUUUUCAUUCUGUGCAGAUAAAGGAAAAUAAAGAACAAAAACGAUCCCCAGAGAUCAAGAGACUUAGGGAGACAGGUUCAUAGAGAGUGAAAUGGAACCAGAGUUGGGAGAUGGGUUCAUUCAAUCAUUCAUUCACUCAGCAAAUAUUCAGUGAGCUGAGGAAAGACGGAGACAAAGAACCAGAGGCAAUAAACGGAGGCUUUGACGGGGAAGAGACUGGGCGUAAAGCUGGGGAGACAGAGGCUGAUGGCAACGAAGCGGAGCCGGAGGACUAGCCCGGUUAGGAGCUGAGGGCAGGACUGGGGCACCAGGAGAAAAGCUCGGACAAGGGAAGCUCUUUCAGAGACAAGGCUGAGCGAGACAGAAAUGCCGACCUGACUCAAGGUCCCACAUGGAUGCUCCAACUGGUCUCCUGGCAGGGCUGGCAGGCACCAAGGCCCAGCAGACCACCCUCCAUCCUCUUGUGGGUCGCAUCUUUGUACACACCUUGGAUCACGCCACCUUCCUUCGCCUUCCUGAGCAUGUUGCAGCUAUCCCACCUUCCACCCGCAUCACCUAUCAUGCCCACCUCCAGGGACACCCAGACCUGCCGCGGUGGCUCCGCUACACCCAGCGUAGCCCCUACCACCCUGGCUUCCUCUAUGGCACUGCCACCUCAGAAGAUCGCGGCCGCCAGGUCAUCGAGGUCGUAGCCUACAAUCGGGACAGCUUUGAGACCACCUGGCAGAGACUGGUGCUGAUGAUUGGGGACCCGGAAGGCCCCUUGCUGCCGUACCAGGCUGAGUUCCUGGUGCAGAGCCAUGACGUGGAGGAGGUGCUGCCCUCGAUGCCUGCCGGCCGCUUCCUCACAGCCCUGGGGGGGCUCUGGGAGCCGGGGGAGCUCCAGCUUAUAAAUAUCACCUCCGCCUUGGACCGUGGGGGCCGUGUGCCCCUUCCAAUUGAGGGCCGCAAAGAAGGGGUGUACAUCAAGGUGGGCUCAGCCUCACCCUUCUCCACCUGUCUGAAGAUGGUGGCGUCCCCUGACAGCCAUGCCCGCUGUGCCCAGGGCCAGCCUCCACUUCUGUCCUGCUACGACACCUUGGCACCCCACUUCCGUGUUGCUUGGUGCAAUGUGUCCCUGCAGGUGGAUAAGUCAGUGCCAGAGCCCAUGGACGAGAUGCCCACCCCAGGUGAUGGGAUCCUGGAGCAGGACCCGUUCUUCUGCCCACCCACUGAGGCCACAGCCCGAGACUUCCUGACUGACGCACUGGUCACCCUCCUGGUGCCCCUGCUGGUGGCCCUGCUGCUCACCCUGCUGCUGGCCUACAUCAUGUGCUGUCGACGGGAGGGACGGCUGAAGAGAGACCUGGUCACCUCUGACAUCCAGAUGGUCCACCAUGGCACCAUCCGUGAGAACACGGAGGAGCUGCGGCAGAUGGCAGCCAGCCGCGAGGUGCCCCGGCCACUCUCCACCCUGCCCAUGUUCAACGUGCGCACGGGUGAACGGCUGCCUCCUCGUGUGGACAGCGCCCAGGUGCCCCUCAUCCUGGACCAGCACUGAGGGCCUGGCCAGCCCUGGCCACAUGGUCACAUCCCACCUGCUGAUUCCAGCUCCUGGCCCAACUGGACCCAGGCUUAGAACAAACAGAGAGAUGGUGUUGGGGUGGGAGAGGCUGUCUGGAGUCAGGACCACAGAAUAAAAUACCUGCUGCUCUGCUCCUCUGUCUCUACCAGCGCCUUCCUCUCAGCAGUCUUCUCCUCCAGCCUUCACUGCCUCUGUUUCCCUUUCUACCUUCUGGGAGCCCCCAGAGGCAGCCAGGGACUGUCAGCUUGCCCUUUGGACUCGGCAUUUUGCUGCUUUCUCAAACACUCUGGAGAAAAGAGAGAAGGAGCUGCUAUUAGGCGGCCCUGGAUUCGCAUGAAAUUGAUAGCGAAGGAUUACAAGCUCAUUAUCCUCAUUUUACAGAUAAGGAAACUGAGGCCUAGGGAGAGUAAGUGACUUACCCAAGCUAACAGGGCAAGUAAGUGGCAGAGCCUGGAUUUGAACCUGGCAUGUCUGCCUCCACACUGCCUUCUGGAAUGUUGAGGGGUUCUGGAAGCAGGGGAUCAGGCUCUUAUCUGGAGAUUUAGUUGACAGUUUCUGAACCUGUCAAGAUCCCCUUGAGAGAGAGCCCCUUUGUACGUCCUGUUGGGAGGGAAACAAAUCUAGAUACAGAAAGACAGAAAGAUGGCUGGGUGCAGGACCCUGAAUCCCCCAGAACCAACAGUGCCCCCGCGGUGGGGUCCUCCAGGGGCGGGGCAGAGGUGCAGAGGACACCACAGAGCCUAGACCCCUUGUUGGGCUGAGUAUUGCCAGCUUGCCCCCAAACCCCACGGAGCCCUAGAGAGUUCAGCUGACCAUGAAGAGGCCUGAGUUAGUUCCCACGUAGCUACAACCAAAGCAGGCCAGCUCUGUCCCUGCCCACUGCCACCUGGAGGCCACGCCCAAUUCACAUUUUACCCCUUGGAUUCAAGGACAAGCCAGAUCCAGAUAAGGAGGGACAGUGGAUAUCCUCACGACUCCCCCUCACUGUAGCCGUUCCAGUCUCUGCCCAAUGACACCUCCUCAGAGAGUCCUACACUGAUCACCCCAGUCAAAGCAGUGCCUUCUUCCAGCCCCACGCUGUCCGGCCUAUCCCAGCACUCCUCGCUCACUGGGACAGAAGCUCUUGGAGGGCAGGAUUUCUGUCUGCCCACAGGGAGCGCUGUGCCGCACAGAGUAGGUGCUCAGGAAAGCUGUUCAGACAAGUGCACGGCUGAUGCCAUCUUGCU